AUGAGCGCCGGGCUGGACCGCAUGUCCGUGACCUCCUCCGGCUCCAGCUCCCCGGGCCCGGCGGCGGCGGGGGCUGGCAGCCGGCUGCUCUCGGCCAACGUGCGGAAGCUGCACCGUGCCCUGAACCUGCUGCUGAGCGAGCCCGAGCGGGAGCAGUUCAUCCACUGCCUGAACGUCUACCACGCCCGCCGCAACGUCUUCGACCUGGUGCAGACCCUCCAGGUCCUGCUGGACAGCCCGGACAAGCGGCAGCUGCUGCCCAUGCUGCGCCUGGUCAUCCCCCGCUCCGACCAGCUGCUCUUCGACCAGUACACCUCGGAGGGGCUCUACCUGAAGUCCGGCUUCCUGCCCGGCUGCAGCGCCGGGGGCGCCCCCCUGGCUGCGCCGCCCCCGCCCGCGGCUCCUCUGCGCGGGGCGGUCCGGCAGGUGAGCCUGAAGAGGAACAAGACCCACGAAGGAUUGGGCUUCAGCAUCCGCGGGGGCGCUGAGCAUGGGGUGGGCAUCUACGUCUCCCUGGUGGAGCCGGGCUCCCUGGCAGAGAAAGAAGGGCUCCGGGUCGGGGACCAGAUCCUGAGGGUCAAUGACAAGUCGCUGGACAGGGUGACCCACGCCGAAGCUGUCAAGGCUCUGAAAGGCUCCAAGAAGCUGAACCUGUCGGUGCAUUCGGUUGGGCGGAUCCCUGGGGGCUAUGUCACCAAUCACAUUUACACCUGGGUGGAUCCCCAGGGUCGGAGUGCAUCCCCACCCAUGAGCCUGCCCCAGCACCAGAACAGCUCCCUGCGGAAGGACGGCGAGAAGAGGAGUCACCUCCAGCUUCUGCAAGAGGGGGAUGAGAAAAAGGUGAACCUGGUGCUGAACGAAGGGAAGUCCUUGGGCCUCAUGAUCCGCGGAGGAGCAGAAUAUGCGCUGGGCAUUUACAUCACCGGGGUGGAUAAGGGCUCGGAAGCGGAAAGCACCGGCCUGAAGGUGGGAGAUCAGAUCCUGGAGGUGAACGGCAGAAGCUUCCUCAGCAUCCCCCACGACGAGGCGGUGAAGUUGCUGAAGUCGUCGCGACACCUCAUCAUGACUGUGAAGGACAUCGGAAGGCUGCCACACGCCCGCACCACAGUGGAUGAGACCCAAUGGAUAGCGAGCUCCCAGAUCGGAGAGACCCCGGUGAACACAGCAGGGGCAGCUGGUGAUCACACAGCAGAGGCAACGGCAAAGCCCGUGUUUUACAGGGGCCUGGCUGGCUCCCAGGUGACGCUGAGCAGCCUGGUGAACCAGACCCGCGUCAUGCUAGAGGAGCAAGCUCGCCACCUUCUGAACGAACAGGAGCGGGCGACCAUGGCCUACUACCUGGACGAAUACAAGGAGACCAACAUCUCCGUUGACUCCCUCGUGAUGGCUCUCUUUGAGCUACUCAACACGCACGCCAAGUUCUCGCUGCUAUCUGAGGUGAGGGGCGUGAUAGCCCCCCAGGACCUCGAUCGCUUCAAUAACCUGGUUCUGAAGCGGGAGAUCGAGUCCAUGAAGGCCCGGCAGCCCUCGGUGCCCAGUGCGGACUCCUACUCCAUGACGUCCUACAGCGACACCGGCUCCUCCACUAGCAGCCACUUCACCUCCACCACGGUCAGCUCGGCUCGGAACACCGCAGACCUGGAGGGAAGCGGAGAGGGACUCCAGAGCAGUAUUAAUGCCCUGCCGGACAUCUCCCUGGACGAUGUUUCGUCUUUCCCUGAGGAACCGCCCAGCUUUAAGCCCCCACCUCCUUCUCCGGCUCAAGCACUGGACUCCUCCACUGCCCUGCUCCGAAAGACAGCGAAAGACACACCCCAGCGCCCUUCCUCUGAAUCCUCCCAGUCAGGCCUCUUCUUCGUGGCCCCUCCCAGCCCCACCCCGCCUCCCAGCCACCCCGAUAAGGACACAGCCAGCGUGACUUCCACCUCGGCCUCUGCGUCCACUGCGGAUUCUGCCUCCAGCACCGUCUACGCCGCUGUUUCCCCUGCCACUCUCAGCUCCAGGAGGCAUCUGGGUGCCCACUUGUCCUUGGUCAACCAGCACCCGAUAGGCCCCUUCCCCAGAGUUCAGUCUCCAACCAGACUGAAGAGCCCAUCUCCUGAGAGCACCCCAGCCAGUAGCCUCCCAGCACCCGCUCCUCGGUCCCCUCCCCAUCCCCCGUCGCACCCGGAGCCAGACAAAGGCAGCCCGCAGUCAGCGAUCAACCAGCACUUUAUCAUGGUGGAGGUGCAUCGGCCCAACAGCGAGCCGGACGUGAACGAAGUGAGAUCCUUGCCCCAAGCCCGAGCCUCCACGCUCUCCCAGCUGUCGGACAGCGGUCAGACCCUCAGCGAGGACAGCGGGGUGGACAUCGGCGAAGUGGAGCUGAGCGGCAGGGACAAGAACCGGCAGCAGAUCCCUGGGAAAAGCCGAAGCCCCAAGGAGGCACCGAGAAGUGAUGGGCCAGCAGAGGCAGCCUCCAAACCGCCUGGCCUUCUGGAGCCCACAUCAUGUCUGAUUCGAGUGGCGAAGAGCGCGCCGACCCUGGGGAUCGCCAUCGAGGGCGGCGCCAACACCCGGCAGCCUCUGCCCCGGAUAGUCACCAUACAGCGAGGAGGAUCUGCCCACAACUGCGGGAAGCUGAAGGUGGGGCACGUGCUCCUGGAGGUGAACGGCACGACGCUGCGGGGAAAGGAACACCGGGAAGCCGCGCGUGUCAUCGCCGAGGCCUUUAAAACAAAAGAGAAGGAUCACAUCGAUUUCCUGGUCACCGAGUUUAACGUCGCACUUUAG